AUUGGAUCAUACAUCAGAAUAUGGUCAUGUAUUGAUUCAACAGUUCAGAGCCUAUAUGAAUACAAAUCCUCUUGAACGGCCCUGAAUUUUUCUUUCUAUUUGGUGCUAAAAUAGUGAUCAAGUUCUUCCAUAAUGCAAUAUAGCCAAAGAUAUGAACAAGGUGUACAAAAGCCAUAUAAGUAUAGAGAAAGCAUAGCCGGCAGGUAUUGUAAGGACAAGCAUGCACACCAAGGAAAGACAUAAUGCAUUAUCGAAAGGGACCAGUUUGGCUGCCGCUGCUCAUCUCAAGCUCCAAACCCAACCCAUUAAGCUCAAACGCCGCCGCUACCGCGAGACCACCAUCACCACUAACACCAACACGGCUGCCGCCGACGAACCCUUGGAUUCUACUUCUUCUUCUUCUUCUACAGCUCAAAACCACUGUCAGAGCCGGAAACUUGACACUACCAUUGUGGUCUCUCCAGACAAGUCCUGGUGCUGUUCGGCUUCGAAACCACCACCUCCGCCGUCGGUUGACGCCAUCACUUCGUUAUCUUUAAUACCCUCCCAACUGCCAUCCUCCUCUCCUACAGAUCUGAGGAUCCGUUGCUCGCCCUCCACCAUGGACUCUCAUAAUACUAGCGUAUACGGCGGAGCUACACCCACUCCGGCCGCCAGUGUCGGUACCCAAGAUAAUUUUCCGUCAUCCUUUAGCAAAUUCAAUUCCGCGCUAACCGCUGGUCUUCUCAACCCAAUGUCUCCGCCACCUCUGGUCGAUAAAACCCGUUCAAGCCCAACCCUUUUCGAAAUGAUGGCAAAUGAGCCCGACUGCCACCCGAGAGCAACAACCCUCGUCCCAAACGGCGUUGUUUUCGCUCAAAACCACCAAAGCACGAAGCUUGCCGCAAACCCAGCUCCUCAAGACAAGCAAGCAUUAGUGCAGCAGCGUCUGAUGGAUCUGCUUGCAUCCAGGAGCCCCGGAAACCAGUUUAACGACGCCAUUUCAGGCGACGUGAAGCUUACUUUGAGUUCGAAGGAUGGGAUUAACGUUUCUAUUAGCGUUCAUAGGCAGAUCCUGGUAGCCCACAGUAGAUUUUUUGCUUUGAAGUUGAACGAGAAGUGGGUUAAGCAGCAGCGAAGUUCAGGCCCGUACAUUGUGGAGAUUGCGGAUUGUGACGAUAUUGAGGUUUACAUUGAGACUCUGAGGUUGAUGUAUUGUAAGGAUUUGAGAAGAAAGCUUAUGAAAGAGGAAGUUCCCCGUGUGCUCGGUAUUCUUAAGGUGUCAGCGGCAAUUGGAUUUGAUGCGGGAGUAUUAUCUUGCUUGGAGUACUUAGAAGCUGCUCCCUGGGCUGAAGAUGAGGAAGAGAAGGUUGCUUCAUUGUUAUCAGAGCUUAGGCUUGAAGGAGUCGGCGCAGGGGAAGUUUUGAAGAGAGUUUCUCUUGAUGUCACCACAGGGGUUGAGGAUGGAAGUGAUAAUGAAGAAGUGCUUAUGAAGCUAUUGCAAAUAGUUCUUGAAGGAAAAGAUGAGAAGGCUAGGAGAGAGAUGAAAAGUUUGGUGACCAAAAUGUUACGUGAGAAUUCAUCACAGAAUGACUUGAGGAAAGAGUCAUUGUACUCGGCUUGUGAUGAAUGCCUGAAAUUGCUUCGCCAUCAUUUUCUACAGGCGGCAGUAGCAGACAUGAAGGAUGUCGGCCAGAUAGCACGACAGGCAGAUAAUUUGCAUUGGCUGUUGGAUAUACUGAUUGAUAGACAGAUUGCUGAUGACUUUCUAAAGAUGUGGGCCUCACAGUCUGACUUAUCUGAGGCACAUUCUAAAGUGCCUGCCAUCCACAGAUACGAGGUCAGCAGAGUUACUGCUAGGUUGUUGGUCGGGAUCGGUAAGGGUCAGCUUUUGGCUUCCAAAGAAGCCAGGUGCAUGCUUUUGCAGACAUGGUUGGUGCCAUUUUACGACGACUUUGGAUGGAUGAGGAGGGCCUCAAAGGGCCUCGACCGACAUUUAAUUGAGGAUGGCCUUAGUAACACUAUACUAACUCUGCCAAUGGCCUGGCAGCAGGAAAUUUUGCUUUCAUGGUUUGAUCGGUUUCUAAAUGCUGGUGAUGAUUGUCCCAAUAUCCAGAGAGGAUUUGAAGUUUGGUGGAGGAGGGCUUUCUGGAGACGCAAUGGUGAACUUGAGAGGCCUCGUCUAUUGCGAAUCAUGGCUGCCAGUAUAGAGAACUCAUGAUUUCGGGAGGUGUCAAAUUGAGGUUCUUUUUACGGUCUUCACUGAUCAUCUCCGUUAUGUGCUUGCUGUUGGCCCACUCCCGCUAUAUGAUUUUCAUGCAACUUCUUCCUUCCUAAACUGAAGUGGGAUGUCCAUUCUUAUAUAUGGGUGUUUUUAAAACACUGGUUUGUGUCAGAAGUUUAGUCUGGAAGAAGAACUUAAGAAACAGGCUCUGAUGAGUAUCUUGAUUCUUUAUCACUCAGACCAUUUGCUUGUUGUUCCUACUCCACAGAGCCAUUUGUUUGGUUUUUUUCAUUUUUUAUUCUGAAAGAAAACAUACCGGUAGUUGGAACUGCAGUAUGGGGCCUAGAUAAAAGCCAGUUAAAACAACAAACUCCAACCGCAGGUGAGAUUGAUCUAAUCCUAGUCCAUACGACAAACUUAAGUUACAGUAGCGUCAUGUGGAUUGAUCGUGCUAGGGUUCGUCUGGUGCAUCAUAGCUACAAAUUAUAUGAUUUCUGAUCUCAUGCAAGUCUGUAAAGCUGCGGUGCUGUCAAUGAGCUUGCGGAGUUCCCUCCGAUCUUGGUUGCUAAAAGUUCGCCUACACUUAUGUGCUUUUAGCUUAGCCAAUCGAUCUGUUCGUGUGACAGUAUGUAGAUGUCUUAAUCUUUGGUUGUUCUUGGCUUUCUUUCCAUCUUCCUAAUACAACUUCUCUCUAAUGUCUGUCUUUAAACUAGCACUGUUGUUUCUCAUCUUUCAUAAAGUGAUUGAUUCUUUAGACAAGAAUGCUUUAGAUAUCCUCUUGGUGGUGAUUGUUUUGAUUCUAGCAGCCCUUUGUUGU